AUGCAAUAAUGUACUCAUCAAUUAAAAGCACUGACAAUGUGAAACAACCUCCAACCAUUCCAAAGUGUUUAGUUGUACAUCUUUAGUUUGUCUGAAAUUGGACGUACCUGUAAACUGGGCUGCUAACAUUGUUAUCGCGUCUGCUGCACAGAAAUGACGGCAGAGCAAACUCUUCAGGGAAAAAAAUCGAUAUUUUCUCGUUUUUUCAUUCUUUUGCCCGUCUGAGUCGUCGCUUGCUGCUGCCCAAGCUUGUCGACAGUACACGCCUGUGCCUUGAAGACAUCCCCGUAACAAUCAUCAGAAAAAAAGAAAAAAACUUGUCGAUGAACGUGAGCGUUGAUCGAUCCUCAAAUCACUUUUCGCGAUGAUCUGCGCGUCGGAUCAGUCACCGAGCUGGGCAAACGCAGGCUUUCGACGUAAACGCACGCGGGCGUCGAUAGACAUGUCCUUUACGGCGUGCCGAGUUUGAAGCUCGCUUGGACGGCCCGUCAAGAUGUACCCGUUGUUCGAGACGGCCAGGUUGUUUUCCCUGGGCCCUACGCGGCGAGAUCGCCGUCCCACCAUCGUACUGUCGGCGUUCGGCGAAAACGCUCGUGGAUACGUCCUGGUACUGUCCUGCAGCAACGGCCACCUGGUGUUCUACUCCCGCCGCCCCUCAGAGCCCCAGCCCCGCGUCUGGAGCCUGCCCUGGUCCCCCACGGGGCGCCCCCACCGCGACGGUGAUGUGGCCGCCCUCUGCCUCGCACCCUGUGGCAUGCAGCUGGUCUUGAUCACCACCAGCUCCACCCUGCACACGUUUUGCCUCGCUGCUCUGCUGGAAACCGGGGGGCAGAGGUCGUGGAGUGCCGACGACACUGUAGGCAUUCGUCUCCAAGGUAACAGAGGAAAGCCGACGUGCAUCUGCUCAUGGCAAACACUGAAGGGGACGCUCGUCGUCAUCGUAGGCACAGAGCACGGGGAAGUGUGCCUGGUGGACCUGGCUGCCAGACGACAGGUCGGAGCAGUAGGUGUCGGGCAUGCGGUCACCGGGAUGGAAGUGGUAUCGAGCGCGGUGCGGCACGCCACCCAGCUGCUGGUGACCGACGCCGCACAUCACCACUGGCACCUGCUGCUGGAGGACAAGAGCAGUGGCCACGACUGGCUGAGUCACCAUUCACCGGCGCCAGGUGCCACUUCCGGUGGAGCAUCCGAGUGGCGGCUCUGGGCGUCUCCGGAUCGGGAGGAGUCUGCAACGCUCCUGGAGAGGUCACAGCCGCAGCAGCCGAGACGUAUUUCCAAGCUUGGCAAGGACGUCGUUCUUGGCCGGCAAGUGGUGCAGGGGCGUCAGUGCCUCACGGCCAACGACACCAGCACUUGCCAGCUUGAGGUGUACGACGGUGGCGACGUGGCCCGGCGCGCGUCGUGCGUGUUUGCGGUUCCCCUGGCCAAUGCCAGACACGUGGCGCUGACGGACCAGCUGCUCUUUGUCGUGGCACCCCAGGCAGCGGGCUGUUCCGACACCCAGGUGCACCUCUUCUCCAAGGCAGCCCUGGACCUCACCACAAGCUCCAAAAAGAAGGAGUGCACAGACCCCAGCCUGCAGAGGUUUACCCUACCGGAAGCGGUCCUGGCCCUCUACCGCUGCCCACAGUUGCCUCUCUCAGCAGGGAGCGCAGCCAAGGCCGAUCCCAGCGACGUCGAGUCGGCCCCACUGCCGUCGGAAACAUUCCUUGAGGGCUGCCUAUUGGUCACUCCUCGUAGCAUCUACCACUGCAGGCCCAGGUGUUCGGCGGAGCGCCUGUUCCUCCGCUUCACGGCGUCCCCCGCGUCACUUCCCUCCGCGGAGCACCUGGGGGCGCUCCUGGGCCUGGACAUCUUCUCGCUGUACGAGGUGGCCGCGGAAGUCCAGCUACUCCGCGGACAGUUUCCCCAGGCCGUCAGGCUCUACCAGUUGUCCAAGUGUCCUCAGCUGAAAAGGGUGGCCCACUUUGUGAGCCGGGGCUACCUGUCGGAGCUGCUGGCGUACGUGCAAGUGCUGUUCGGCACGAGGGCGGCCGAGAUCCCCUCCCAGGACCGGGUGCACUUUGCCAACGUGGCCGCCCUCUGCUUCGUGCAGCAGGUGCUUGCCAAGCGCAGGGCCCCGGAGAGGGACGCCGUCGCACAGGCCUUCAGGGAUUUCCUCCAGGAGAACCUGUACUACGACGCUUCGGUGGUCAUGCGGAUGCUCUCGGAGCAGCGCCUGUACCAACUGCUCUACCACUGCGCCCUGUUGCGGGGCCAGCGCCGGCUGAUGGUGGAGCAGCUCCUUCACUUCGACCCCAGCCUGGCAUUGGACUCCGCCACGUGCUCCGCUCUUGCCAGCCGAGGAUACGGAUCCCUCCUGGUCCAGUCUGCACACGACCAGUUUGCUGUGUGCGUGACCGACCCCGACCUGCUGCUGCCGCUGUGCUGCGACUCAGCCCUGUUGGGCAAUCACCUGCGGCUUCUUGCCGACCUGCUGCCGACGCUGGGUUUGGCCCUCGUUGGGAGGGUCGCCCGCAUGUACGACGCCUCUCGACCCGCUGUCGCACUCGCGGUGCGGCGCGUGCUCGCGGCCUCAUCCAAGCAGGGAAGAUAUCCUGGAUCUUCGUCGUCGCUGUCAACGGACUCCCUGGAUUUGACGCAAUCGGAGGACGACAGUGUGGCCGAGGAGGACGUGGUCAAGUUUCUAUUGUUUGUCCUGCUGACGCUGAACCGGAGGCGAGGUGGGACCAAGAGGUAUGCGUCGGAGCUGCUCCGGUGCGACCCCGGCGUAGCUCCGAGCUCGGAGCGUACGACGAGGCGGUCCGGAUCAUCCGAGCCGGAGCGCUCCGUCGCCUGCGGCCAGUCGCACUGCACCCUGGUGGUCCGGGGCAAGGCCUACACGUGGGGCAGGGCCCAGUUCGGAAGGCUGGGACAUCGGGAGGGCCACCGGGACGUCCUCGGUGCCACGUGCGUGGAGACGCUGGACGCCCUUCGGCUGAGGGUGGGCCAGGUGGACUGUGGCACCCAUCACACCCUGUUCAACACCGACGCGGGGGUGUUUGCGUGCGGCUCAUCCCGCUAUGGGCAGCUGGGGCUGGGGCCCCUGCAGAGGACCUGGGUGCCUCACCUGCUGGAGCCCCUGGCGCCCCACCGGGUGGCCCGGGUGGCCUGCGGCACCUACCACUCACUGGCCGUCACCGAGGAGGGGAGGCUGUUCACCUGGGGCUGGGGUGCCCACGGUCAGCUGGGCCACGGCACUUGCGACGACCAGCGGACUCCCAGGCUGGUGGCGGCCCUCGCACACCACAGGGUCACCGACGCCUCUGCUGGCUGUGGCCACACCGUGGCCCUCACCGCGGAGGGCCUGGUGUUUGGCUUUGGCUGCAACACCUUCGGCCAGCUCGGACUGGGACGGUCGCCCAAGCGCAGCACGCCCCAGCGGAUCGACCUGGGAGAACCAGUUCGGAUGCUCUCCUCAGGCUUCUUCCAAGUCUUUGCACUGCUGGCCGGCGGUAGGCUGCUCACGUGGGGCGCCAACCCCCAGAGCCUGCGGCUGCAGGCACAGUCGUCGCGACGCUCCCGCCUCCAGGCGGUCGUGGCGCAGAACGAGCUGCUCUCCUCCCUGGCGGGAGGGCCCCACGGCGGGAACCUGCGCCACCCAGCGGGACCUGCCCCGAGCACCAGCCCCGCCACACAGGCUUUGCUGCACGGUCACCAAGGCCACCUUACUCCGACGGAGUUUGACAUCUCCGGAGUCCGCGGGACAAUAGCGCAGAUUGCGUGCGGCUCCAACCACGCGGCCAUCGUCACCAAGGAGGGCCAGGUCUACACCUGGGGCCGAAACACCGAGGGCCAGUUGGGCCUGGGUCACCGGAAGGACCAGAAGAGUCCCCAGCUCGUGGCUUCUCUGGGCAAAGUGGUGCAGGUGUGCUGCGGGCGGGACUUCACCGUGGCGCUCGACGCUCAGGGCAAGGUCUGGGCCUGGGGUCAGAACGAUGCCGGACAGCUCGGGGUGAAGGUGUCCGAGGAAUGCACCGCGUCCCGCCACUCGAGGGUGCUCCUGAACCGGCUGAUCACGAUCCGCACGAGCCGCUGCCUGAUUACCAUCCCCCAGGGCCAGCGCACGGGUGAGCCCAGGCCAGUGGAGGUGGCCCCCCUGCCGCCCGAGAUCAUCCGACCGCCUCCGGACGACCUUGACCUCCUCCUCCGGCAGAAAGCGUGCCACAAUGCCCACGCCUCUCGCUGCUUCCCUGGCUUUGACCUGAGCUCUCUGGACGACCCGCCUUAUGGGCCCAAGGCACUGCACGCCGCACUCGAGGCAUUCCGGGGCAGCUACGAUCCGACGGCGGUCAUCAACCACUGUGUCGGGUUUUCCGACUUUCAGGCCGCAGCCAAGAUAUCGCUGCUCGAGGGGCAGUUUGCUCAGGCGGUGCAGUACCAGUUUCAAGCGCAACUGGCCGACGUCAAGGCGGACGCCUCGGUCCUCUCAGGGAGGGCACUCGAAGCGGUGAACUACUAUACCGGACUCAUAGACAAGGAGAGCAGCGAAGUGAGUGGAGCCUUCUUCGAGAAUAUUGUCCGCUUCUGGGAGGAGCGAAACCUGCCCGUGGAGCCCCUGGAGGAGCUGUUCCGCGCCUACCUGCCCGGAAUUGGAUACUCCCUGGGCCUGGUGCUCUUCUGUGCACCGCAGGAGGCGGCCUCUCGGUUUGCAUCGCGCCUGUCGACGAACCUGUGCCUGUCGCUGGCGGCGGCCAUGCGGGAGCGGGUGACGUCGGGGCGCCCCCACGGGGAGUUGAUCGGGGCGCUGCUGGAGCGCUCCGCCACGGGGGCCCUGGUGGGUCAGAUUCGGCUGGUGGACGAGAGCGCGGGCUGGGAGGCCGCCGUGCCCCCCCACCGCCUCUGGGACCAGCUGCUCAGGAGCCUCAGGCAGGGCCUGGCCCGCAAGACCGCCCUCGAGGUGUCUCCGUCGGAAGUGGAGCAGCUGACGCAGGCGCUGCUGGCGGAGCGGGCCAGCCGGGCGGCUGGCUCCCCCUGCGACGCGCUCUCGGAGUGUGCCUUGGUCUUCUCGUGCGGCCACCACAGUACCGCCACCUCCCUCCACCAGGGGGCACUGCCUCAGCUCCAGGACUGGCUGCUGCGCAAGCUGCCACGACCCCUCCCGCUCACGGCCAAGCUGCUCUCUGGGGGCUACGCCGCUCCCGGCAUUCUACCCCUGGCCUGCCCGCGUUGCGUCGUGGCCGAAGUGCGCAACAACUGGUGAUCCCCAGCUGCCUUCGCCGCUAAACCGGAUUGCAUCCCCCCACGUGUGUUCCCAUCGCCUUGCCGGAUGGCCGCCGAACUCUCGAAGCCACCCGUGGCCGGCACCUUGCCGGGUAGUUGCCAAGCCCCGAACUCCACCGGCAGCCGGCACUUCGUCGGGUAAUUUCCGAACUCUACACUACCGGCAGCCAACGCAUUGCCAGGUAGAUGCCGAAUCCUCAACGUCACCAGCUGCAACUGCUUUGACAAGUAGUUGCCAAACUUCCGAUACCGCCGGCAAACAUCUCCUUGGCGCUAGUCAGUGUGCAAACGAGCCAGUCAAACUGUCUUCUUCCCAGCCGGCCCAUGACCGUGUUUUGGCCCGUUGUGCGGCCAGCUUGGGAAGAACCAUUCGCCGGCUUCUCCAAACCCACUCGUGAAUGACGACCAAGGCUCGAGCGAGAGUCGUUUGUGGCCUAGCGAGUCGUUUGUCGUUGCUCGAAACUGAUCUCAGACUUGCGACUCUGCCAUUCAACUUAGAAAAUCUAGCCAGGUACUCAUUUUAGAUUUUUAAUUUGUGACUGAAUGACUGGCGUAGUACUGCUAGAGAGUGAUGCGAUUUUAUUUUGAGGAGACGGUGAUAUCAGUGACUGGCAGCUCAGUUCUAACUGCCUCACCAAUGGCUCUCUUGGAAGACUCGCUGGCAUCCGGUUUAGGUUUCUCGUGGCCUGUCGACUGAGUGUGGAGAGCCAAACUAGUCAUCCGACUCUCCGAGGCUUGAAAGAGCUCAAACCAGUUGUCGGGCUCUUUGAGGCUUCAUCGCAAUUGGCGCAGGUCUGUGGACUACAGCACACUGAAAGUAACUUUAUAUAGUAAUAACCGCGAUUGAAAGUGGUCAAGCCUGCAGCAAUGCACAGGGGAUUGACAGAAACCACAUUGGUUGUAUGGGCAAUACAGGUUUGCUGUGAGACGCUUUUUAGCAUCAUUUCACCGGCUGUUUCUUCAGCACUCACUGAGUCGCAAACUUACAGACUUAAACCAUUUGCAGUGCAAAAGUACUAGACCCGGUGCAUUAAAAAAUUUUCACCAUUUAUUUGAGCGUUAUAGUCUACGCCUAGAACCCCUCAACAUACCAAGUCGCGUCAUUUGUUUGAUAUAUCGCGAGUGUGUUAGGUCGACUUUAGUCUUCUAGAAUCUAGGAAAGAGACGAAACAGAUGUGUACAUAGCCCGUGUACGAACCUCAGGAAGUUUCUCACAAAGGCAAAGAGCACUUUAGUUUUAAUCAUGCUCCAUGUAGAUAUAGUCUCCCAAGGGUUGGGUUGCUGGGAAGAAAAAAAAAACUAAAUUUGUCGGCAGAGGAGGGGACAACGGUUCGGUAGUUCCGUAAACCCGAAGAUAGUAGUUGGAUCUAAAAUGGUAAAUCGUGUCGAGCGGACGUGUCAUCCGUGUCAUCACGAUAACACUCCUCGGCUCUUCCUUAUUGCCGAGAUGAAUGGCUACAGAGAAUACGAGCUACUCUAAAGAGCCAUAUUUCACGCCAAUAAAGAUUACCCAAACAA